UAUGCUGAAAAGUCUGGGAGCCUGGACUGAAGGGGCCAUGAGUAGAGGAGGACAUAGAUCAGAGUGUUUUCCUUGAAGCUACUAUCACCCCUGGAAAAGCCCUGCAGGAAUAAGUGACAGCAGGAAUGACAAGGGACUAGGACUGACUUCUUUUGUCUCCAGGUUCAACGAAGAGAAAUUGGAAGACAGCGAAACACCAGCAUCUCAGAGGGAUAAAAAGAAAAGUCCACGUGGACCUUACUUCUGGCCUGGGAUGGUUGGAGAGGCCCCAACAAAAGUCAGAGAACAAAAGUGUAUUUUGCAGGUUGCCCAGAGGGCAAGAUGGAAAAUGUCCCUUCUCCUCAUCCUGUGCCUGCUACAAGGUUCUUCUUUGACCCCUCCCCACAGAAGAUGGCUGCAAGACAGCUAUCUCAGAUGGCUGCAGGACGGCUCUCUCCUCUCUGGGACCCACCUCCGGGCCAUUGAAAUGCCUUCCUCGCCCCUCUGCUGGCAGGACAGUCCCUUGGCAGCUGAAAAUGCCUUGAAAGGCCCAAGGCUGGUGUCUGGGGUGUCUCGGGGAACUGUCACUGUCCAGUGCCAUUAUGCCCCCUCUUCAGUCAACAGGCACCAGAGGAAGUACUGGUGCCGUCUGAGAUCCCCCAGGUGGAUCUGCCACACCAUUGUGUCCACCAACCACUACACUCAUCCUCACUAUCACAACCGUGUGGCUCUCAUGGACUUUCCACAGAGAGGCUUCUUUGUGGUCAGGAUGUCCCAGCUGUCCCUGGAUGAUGUGGGAUGCUACCACUGCGGCAUUGGAGAUGGAAACACCAUGCUGUUCUUUAGCAUUAAUCUGACUGUCUCUGCAGGUCCUUCCGGCACCCUCCCCACAGCCACUUCACCUGAUGGGGGCCUCACCACGAGAUCCUUUGGAAUAGCACCUCCAACAGCUAACAGAUGGACCCCAGGACCCACUCAGACCACAGAAGGACAGGGCACAGAAUGGGACAGAGUUGCUCUAACCCCCGGAGCCAGCACCACAGCUUCAGCUAAGGGAAGAGAAACGCCAGGAACAACCAGAACAGCAAGGACAGGAGUCCGGGUGGAGGGACCCAUCAAGGCCACAGUUCCUAUUCCAGAGAGUCCAGCUUCAAAAACCAGAAGUGUGUCCAACAUAACAGCAGGUGUUUGGAUGUGGGGCACCAGAAAUUCAAUAACAAAUAGGGCUGUUGUCAGCAAUGAUAGGAGGCAGAUAACAACUACCAGGGCUGACAGGCCAGGGGAGGAAACAGAGGGGGCCGAGAUAGCUCUAGACGCAGCCAAAAAGGUCAUAGGAACCAUGAGGCCAUCGGCCCUGGUCUCAGAAAAACUGUCCUGGGAAACCCUCCAAGAAGCAACACCAGUUUCUGAACAACAAUUUCUGGGCUCCCUUGAAGGAACAAUCCCAGCUGCAGGCAUGUGGAUCUUGGGAACCACCAGCAUAGAGACGGCAUCUGUGGAAGGAAGCGCAGAAGGGACUGAAGAUGCUGCUACUGAAGACAGUGGUCCCCCAAUAGCAGGCUCCCUGAGGCCCCCUGGCAAAGGGUCAUCCAGGAAGAGUGCUUUUCCGGAAAAGAAGAACAGCUCUCGCAUCCUGACUCCAGUCUCUACCAUACUGGUCCCACUUAUGCUCGUGGCUCUGGUUCUAUUGCAAAAGAAGCUCUCGAGAAGGAGGAUCUCUCACGAGUCAGAAAGAGCACCAAGGGUCACCCUGAUUCAGGUGACACAUUUCCUGGAGCCAAGUCGCCAAGCAGACCAGCUGCCCCAUGUGGAAAGGAAGAUGAUCCAGGAAGACCCUCCUAUUGCCCAAGCCAGACAGACUGUCCCAGAGAGAGACCCAGGGCCCUGAGGGAUGGAAAGAUAAAUGGCUCAGUCACCAUGGAAGAGGACCAGGACGAAAGCCUCUUCUCAGGAUCCUUCUCUUCCACCUACAUGAAGAGGAGCUAAGGCAGGAGGAGCUUUACCUGGGGAAGUACAGGCUGACCAUCUUUGGGCCCAAGAAGCUCAAGCAUUGUCCAUGACCAAAGGACCAUAGGACUCAAAGAAGGAAAGGGUUUAAAUUAUAGAAGAUGGCACCUAGGAAAAAUGUAGAAUUUGUAUUCCUAGAUUUUUGAAAAGAGGCUUCCAAUCAGUAUGGAAAACAGAGAAUUCUCUAUCACCACUCUCAGCCCUAGGUAGGCACUCCCUUUUCUGACUCAGCCUGCUGUACACAUGUCAUCAUACUCAUGUAUAAUAAUAGUCUUGUUGUCUCAAAUAGAUUCUGAGCUCCUUUAGGACAGUAACUGUGCUUCAUCCACCUCUCUGUGUCUCCAAAUUUAACUCAGUAGGAUCCCCAUAAAUAUCUGUGGCUGAUUGACUGACUGGGAGGGCAUGGCCCAGUGGCCUCUGGGGACCUUGUCCACUCAGGAGCUCUGAAUCCCCCUGGGCAUUUGCCCCUGCAUUUGGGAGUCCCCUAGAUGACCUCAGACAGGUGGUUUCUACACACAGACCAAAAGGAGGAAGAGCAUUCCUCACACCAUUGCUCCCCAUUUGUCCCCGUGCUCAUUAUGCCAUAUUGUAAACCUUUUAACCCAGUCAAGAUUUUCUGGGAUUUUCCUAAAUUGAUGAAGGAGGGGGUAUUUUCAGUGGAGACUCACCUUCUUCGUAAAGUUCCUCUUAUUCAACUGCUUAUAAAUCCUUCAUAUUGAGGACUGUUGAUAAAGCUGGAAAAUGGUUCUGGGGGGUGGGGUGGGAGACAAAAGAGAGGAAUUUUAUGUGGAUUCUCCUUUAUAGUCAUGUAA